UCGCCGCGGCUGGCACCCAGGUCCCCCGACGGCAGCGGCGGCGUCCCCGGGUCCCGGACACCAACGGCUGCCCUGGAUCUGCAGGGCCCGGCCGCGGCCUUCGGGCUUCCCGGAAGCGCGGCGCACGCCUCCACCGCCCCAGCGCCCGGGCACCCCCACCGCGCGGGACACGUUUCUCGGGCGCAGGCCACGCGGGGGCCGAGGCCUCUGAGUGCCAGUCCUGCUCUUGCUCCCUGUCACCGGGAACCCCAUGCAGCCGGAACCCAGGCCUAGCAGGGCGGGGGCCCGAGGCCGAUUCCUGCCCCUGCAGUCCAAGUGCCCCGAGGGGGCCGGGGACACGGUGAUGUACGCGUCCACCGAGUGCAAGGCCGAGGUGACCCCGUCCCAGGACGGCAACCGCACCUUCAGCUACACGCUGGAGGACCACACGAAGCAGGCCUUCAGCAUCAUGAACGAACUGCGGCUCAGCCAGCAGCUGUGCGACGUCACCCUGCAGGUGAAGUACCAGGACUUCCCCACGGCGCAGUUCAUGGCGCACAAAGUGGUGCUGGCCUCCUCCAGCCCGGUGUUCAAGGCCAUGUUCACCAACGGGCUGCGCGAGCAGGGCAUGGAGGUGGUGUCCAUCGAGGGCAUCCACCCGAUGGUCAUGGAGCGGCUCAUCGAGUUCGCCUACACCGCGUCCAUCUCCAUGGGCGAGAAGUGCGUGCUGCACGUCAUGAACGGCGCCGUCAUGUACCAGAUUGACAGCGUGGUGCGCGCCUGCAGCGACUUCCUGGUGGAGCAGCUGGACCCCAGCAACGCCAUCGGCAUUGCCAACUUCGCCGAGCAGAUCGGCUGCGCCGAGCUGCACCAGCGCGCCCGCGAGUACAUCUACAUGCACUUCGGGGAGGUGGCCAAGCAGGAGGAGUUCUUCAACCUGUCCCACUGCCAGCUGGCCACGCUCAUCAGCCGCGACGACCUGAACGUGCGCUGCGAGUCCGAGGUGUUCCACGCCUGCAUCAACUGGGUCAAGUACGACUGCGAGCAGCGGCGCUUUUACGUGCAGGCGCUGCUGCGGGCCGUGCGCUGCCACGCGCUCACCCCGCACUUCCUGCAGAUGCAGCUGCAGAAGUGCGAGAUCCUGCAGAGCGACUCGCGCUGCAAGGACUACCUGGUGCAGAUCUUCCAGGAGCUCACGCUGCACAAGCCCACGCCCGCCAUGCCCUGCCGCGCGCCCAAGGUGGGCCGCCUCAUCUACACCGCGGGCGGCUACUUCCGCCAGUCACUCAGCUACCUGGAGGCCUACAACCCGAGCGACCGCACCUGGCUGCGCCUCGCCGACCUGCAGGUGCCCCGCAGCGGGCUGGCGGGCUGCGUGGUGGGCGGGCUGCUGUACGCCGUGGGCGGCCGCAACAACUCCCCCGAAGGCAACACCGACUCCAAUGCCCUGGACUGCUACAACCCCAUGACCAACCAGUGGUCGCCCUGCGCCCCGAUGAGUGUACCCCGAAACCGCAUCGGCGUGGGUGUCAUCGACGGCCACAUCUACGCCGUGGGAGGCUCGCACGGCUGCAUCCACCACAACAGCGUGGAGAGGUAUGAGCCCGAGCGGGACGAGUGGCACUUGGUGUCCCCGAUGCUGACGCGGAGGAUCGGCGUGGGCGUGGCCGUGCUCAAUCGCCUGCUGUACGCGGUCGGGGGCUUCGACGGCACGAACCGCCUGAACUCCGCCGAGUGCUACUACCCGGAGUGCAACGAGUGGCGCCUGAUCACCCCCAUGAACAGCAUCCGCAGUGGGGCAGGGGUCUGCGUGCUACACAACUGUAUCUACGCUGCGGGCGGCUACGACGGCCAGGACCAGCUCAACAGCGUGGAGCGCUACGACGUGGAGACGGAGACCUGGACCUUCGUGGCGCCCAUGAAGCAUCGGCGCAGUGCGCUGGGGAUCACCGUGCACCAGGGGCGCAUCUACGUCCUCGGAGGCUAUGACGGUCACACGUUCCUGGACAGUGUGGAGUGCUACGACCCGGACACAGACACCUGGAGCGAGGUGACCCGAAUGACCUCGGGCCGCAGCGGGGUGGGCGUCGCGGUUACCAUGGAGCCCUGCCGGAAGCAGAUCGACCAGCAGAACUGCACCUGUUGAGGAGCUUGGGAUUCUGGGGCAGAGAGGAGCGGAGAGAUGUCUGACCCUCAGCAUUGCCUUCAUACAUAAAACUGGGACAAAAAAAUGUGACAGCAGAUCUCACCCUCCAGGAGGGGGCCGGGCCACCUCUGGGUGACACCCAGAAAGGAGAGAGACCAGAGCAGGAAGCCGCAGCCCCUCAGAGUCCCCGGGUCGCCCGGCCCUGGGACCAGGCCGAGAGGUCACCUCCGUCUCACUCCGAGCUCUGUGCUGCGGGGACUUGGGGACUCGCUCACCGCAGCUGCCACUAGCCUCUGGGUGCCAGCAGGGGCCACCGAGGCCGGGCUCAUCCCUUGUAUCUUCACAGUGGCGUCCACAGUCCCCGGUGGGGCCAGGUGAGGCCUCGGGCUGAGGUCCCUCAGGAAACGUGGUCCCCAGGGCUGGGUCCCUCCAGCAAAGCCACCAGAGAUCCAGCCAGCGGGAGAGUUGUUCUGUUGAUAAAUAACCCUGUAAAUUUCCAAUGAAAAUAAAGAACAGACUAACACUGUCUUUCACCCA